GAUACAGAUGACGAGUUUGAGAAGGAAGUCUCAAUUUUAUACAGUCUUAGACAUCAAAAUAUUUUAAAGUUUUUUGGAAUUGCAUUGACAGAGGAUAGCAAAUACAUGAUUACUGAAUAUUUGGAGAAUGGUUCACUGGAAAGAAUGAUUUAUAAAUUAAGAAUUGGAAAGGCAUCUCUCACAUUAAAGCAAAAGCUAAUCAUCUUGCAAGAUAUUUGCUCUGGAUUGGAAUAUUUACACUCUCUUGAACCACCAAUAGUUCACAGAGAUUUGAAACCAGGCAAUGUCCUUUUUGAUUCAGAUUAUAGAUGUAAGAUUUGUGAUUUUGGAUUGAGUAGAGCUGUUGGUAAUUUAAACACUAACAAUUCAAUGACCAGAGGAAUAGGUACAUUACUUUAUUCAAGUCCAGAGAGUUGGACCUCUUCGACGAGUGAUAUUGGAAAUUCACAGGACAAGAUACUGAAAGCUACCAAGGGAGAUGUCUACAGCUUUGGAAUAAUGAUGCACGAGCUA